AUGAGCAUCAAUCCCCCAAAUGGCACACAAGGCCGACAUGCACGCAAUAACUCAGCGCUGCCGUUUGGCUCUUCACCUGUCGGCCCACCGCUCCUUGAUGAUACCGAAACGAAUAUGCUUGAUAACUUCCUUACGACGAUAAAUUCCAAUCCUUUCGCAAACGACUACUGGUUUUCAGACUCCCAAAAUGACGCUAACAACUCUCUUGGCUUGCCGGGGUUUGACUGGUCGACCGAACUGCCGCCAACAUUCCAAGGCUCUACGUCGUCUCUACCCCCUUUUCACCCGCCGUCGUCAUCGCAUCGAAGCGUUGAAAAGUCCCUUGGAAUUGCGCCCGAGCAUGCGAACUCAGAAGUGAUGGCUGCGGCUUCUAUGCUCUACCAGAAUGGAAUGAACGGGCCCGAGAUUAGCACGGCUUUUGGGAAUCAACCGCUCGCAUUUUCCAAUGUCGAUUACUCACAGCUCAAGGGGAGCGGUAAGGAGCGGAAACAGGACGGCCGUAUGCCGGAGAAAGGGACUGGUAUAUCUCGAACACAUCUACCCGCUGGGUACCAUACAACGAAGAUGUUCUUCGACGUGCCUGAGCCGAUUUCAACAGAGCAACAAUUAAUCACCAAAGCUCAACCUCUCCACUGGGGCUCCGAUUCUAGUUUCAUGGAUAGGGGAUAUUUGGCGCCCCCUGAUCAGCCUGAUGAGGAACAACGGACAAAGGAAAUGAUGGAGAAAUUGGAAUGCCUUGAACGACAAAGUAGCGCCACCAAUACACGAGCACCUACGCCUGAUCGACACGUAAAUCAACAACCGGUUCCCUUGUUUGAGCCUGACGCUAUCAAUCAUCUUAACGGACUGAGGAAAGAUUACGGCGACAGUAUCGAAGAUUUAUCAUAUCCGAAGAAGAAACAGCGACUGCUGAUCAAAGAAGAAGACGAUGAGAACUCGGACGGGAAUACUUCCAGGCAACGCUGCAAACGCUCGAAGGGUCCGGGAAGGCGACCUUCCACUGAUGGUGUGCGGAAGUCGAAACCAUCGCAAGGCUCAAAACCACGAGAGAACUUGACGGAGGAGCAAAAGCGAAGCAAUCAUAUACACUCGGAGCAGAAGCGGAGAAAUCUUAUCAAACAAGGAUUUGAUGAUCUGUGCACGCUUGUUCCUGGGUUAAGAGGUGGCGGGUUCAGCAAGAGCGCCGUUCUCACUCAAGCCGCCGACUGGUUGGAAGAUAUCAUUAAGGGCAACCAGGCCCUGAGGUUACAACUAGCACAACUUCCGGAUCUGAGUACCAUGGACAACUCGAUGAUGCGGCCACGAACAUGAUAAUCGAUAAUGAUGAUGAUUCCUCUACCUUUCCUUACUUUUCUUCACUGUUGGUCUCCUUUUUAGCAUUGAUCAAAGCGAUUUAGCGUUCUUGUCGGACGCAGGAUGUACUGGCGGAACUACAGGCGUUGAUAUUGUUCUCCCAAUCGUGGUCUGGGAUAUGAUACCUCUUUCAUUUUCACUUUGUAUUGAUAACGGGGCUUCAAAAGCCCAGCGGCAUUGCUAAUGCCUUUCAACGUCCACUAAGUAAAUUAUAAUGUCUUGAUG